GCCUAAUUUGGUUUUCUGGGCGGGGAGCUGCUCCUCUGAGCUGCUAGAGGAUCCAGCCAGGGGGCUGAGGAGCUGCAAUCUGCGACUCUCUUCCCACUUGGAUGCGCCCAGGAGGAGAGAAAAGCAGCAACGAGGUAACCGAAAGUUUUGUCUACCUGAGUGGCUGAUGAUAAAUAUCUGAAGACUCCCACAAACAAGAGGAACCUUUUCUGCUUCUCUCUUCACCCAGUUCACCUCUCAUCAUGGCUAUAACCCUCCACUCUAGCCCUCUGCUAUGGACACGGCUGGCAGCCCUGGCUUUCUCCUGUGUGGCCUUCUCUGUUGCUGUGCAUGGUGCCAGACUCUUCCACGGCACCGGAGACUGGUGCAUCUUCUGCUGGGCCUUCAGCUUUGCCGGCAGUUUGCUCGUGAUUCUGGUGGAGCUGUUCGGCCUGCAGACCAGAGCCCCCGUUUCCUGGAAGAACUUCCCUAUCACCUUCGCCUGUUACGCUGCCCUACUCUGCUUGUCCGCCUCCAUCAUCUUCCCUCUCUACUUCCUCAAGGGUUCCACAGGCCCCAGUACGAUCCGUGACUACAGAAUUGUGGCAACCGUCUUCUCCUGCUUGGCUACUAUUGCUUACAUGAGUGAGGUGAGCAUCAGCAAGGCGCGCCCGGGCGAGGUGGCUGGAUACAUGGCCACCGCUCCCGGACUGCUGAAAGUCUGUGAGACCUUUGUUGCCUGCAUCAUCUUUGUUUUUGUGAGUGAUCCCGUGUUGUACGACCGUCACGAUGCGCUGAAGUACUGCAUGUCCGUCUACUGCAUCUGCUUCAUCCUGUCAGCGGCGAUCAUCCUGCUCUGUGUGGGCGAGUGUACCGGCUGCCUCCCUUUCCCGUUCGCCCGUUUCCUGUCAGCCUACGCCAUGCUGGCUGUGGUCCUGUACCUGUCAGCGACCAUCAUCUGGCCUAUCUUCAACUUUGACCCCAAGCAUGGUGGGAAUAAAAACAGGCCACACAACUGCAGCACAGAUGUAGGGCUGUGUACAUGGGACAAGAUCAUGGCAGUGGCUGUACUCACUGCUGUCAACUUCAUCCUUUACCUGGCUGACCUGAUCUACUCCACCCGCCUGGUGUUUGUCAAUGCUUGAGAAACAGGAAGUCAGGCCAGCAGUAUGCUCCAAAUAAAAUUGAAUUUGGUCACUUCAUCAAAGGCUGUAGAACUGCUGUCACACAUACUGCUGCGAGCAAAUGGUAGCAUACUCAGUCUACCACUCUGGUCUAUUUAAUGAUAUCCACGCCAGAUGGAGAAGCCAUGUUGGGAGGCUAGAGAGCAGACGGUAGAGUUAUAACACAAAUGAUACAAAUCUUGUGUGACUCAAUUUGUUGUUAGAAAUUUGCCCUGAAAAAUGAUAUGAUUUGAUUUUUGCUAUAAGCAGACAGUAGGAGAAAAGCAGAUCCUAUGGCCCAAGGUAACUAUACAAUGGUUAAACCAGGAAACAUAUAAAAAAAAAAAGAAGCAUGAACGGAGCUUUUCAUAGAGAGAGACUGACAUAUUCAGCUGGUCAAAUCUUGUGCUCUUUUUGGCCCCAAACCUAAAAAAAUAAAAUGCCUCUGCAAACCUGCCAAAUUGAAUUUUGUGUGAAGUAUACUGCAUGACUAAAUUUCUUAGAGACAAAGAGAGAGAGGAAGAGGAGAAGAGUUAGAGGCUGAGGUCAGUGGCUGUGUCUACACAUACAACAAUAUGGCUUUCUGUUCAUGUGUUGGGGCAUGUAAAUGGCAAAUAUUGCUUCCAGUGACCUGAAUAGACUCUUAUCUUGUUGGUAAGAUAAGGCCUGGAGAUGAUUGCGGGAACAUCCUGAUAUUACCCAAAGUGUUUAAUGGCAAAGCACUUUCCAAUUUAAUACAUUAUUUCCUGUAUUGAGGGAUGCUUCUUAUCUGGGAAGGAGUAAGCUAUCAACAGAUUUUCCAAAAUAAGACUCAAAAAAGGCUAUGUGUAUGUAAAUAUAACAACAGAAGAAAACUCAAGAGAAUGAGGUUUUUGUUAGAUAUUUUUGACAUAGUGUCAAAAGUGUAUGGAUAAAAAGACAAUCAGUGAGUAAUUCUUAAUUUUUUUUAAUAUCAAUUGACAAAAUCUAGAAAAUUAUGCCUAUUAUAGAAUCAAGAUUAAGUUAACUGUUACAGAAAAGAUUUCAGUGCCAUGUGACUGACUUUUAUAACUUUUUGUUGACAACUUCAUUCAAGGAAUUGUAUUCCCAGCAGUACACCUGGCAGCUGACAGGGUUGUAUCAUUAAUCAGUCAUUUAAAUUUAACCUCAAGAAGCCCCAAAGAUCCAAAGACUUGAAGAAGUGCUGAAAUACUUAUGUGACGUUAAGAUGAAUGCUAGACUAGCUUUUGCUCUUGUUAUGGUAUACAUGUAUCUGCAAGCUACAAUCAAUUGUAAGAACAUAUAAGCAUUUAAAGAAACAAGGAAAAAAAUGUAGUUAAAGUGCACCUAUUAAUAUUUACAUGUUGUGCUUUUAUUUCUGGUGUUUCCAAAUAUCAAAGAAUCUACUAAUGCCAGUUUCUCACUGCUAAGUUCAUAUACAUUGAUUGUUGAUUGGGUAUUUUAGUUUAGUACUGCUGUAAAAAUACUCAAAGAGAUCAAGAUAGAGGCUCCACUCCCUCAAGAUGUUCUUAGGGUUGUAGUUGUUAACAUUUUUUAUUUUUUGCUGUUCCAAGUGUGCAAACCACAUCAGUGUAGCAGGAAAAUGUAAUCCAUUGUUUCAAUAAAGCCACAUGGUGUAAGUG